CAUGGAGGAUAUGAACAGUUUGAAAUUCCAAAAAUAAGAAACAAAACAGCUUCUGCAUUUCUCAUUGAUUACUAGUAUUGUUGUUGGGGAUCCGAAGCAUUGAAAUAGCUACUGCUUUGACGUGAUUACACUGUGGGAAGUCAUGGCUCUUCGCCUAUGUCGUGGAUGCGCUGGACGAUUCACACGUCCUUGUGUAAUUUCCAGUAAAUCAGUCUCAGGACGAGGAAAAAACGACAGUCUUUCUGGGAAGAGAUGGUUCUCAGUGCUAUCGCGAUCCCCUGUUGGUCAUGGACACCGAAUGAGUGUUGAUACACCGAUUUCCCAACAGUUCCGCCGUAGCAUGUUCAUCCAGACGCAGGAUACUCCCAACCCAAACAGUCUCAAGUUCCUGCCGGGACAGGAUGUGCUGGGAGAAAUGAGAACGCUCGACUGUCCCAACAUUGAAGCUGCUGGUGCGUCUACGCUUGCAAAGAUGUUGUUCAAAAUUGAAGGUGUGAAGAGUGUAUUUCUAGGCCCAGACUUCUUGACAAUCACCAGGACAACCGAAGACCUGGAAUGGACGCUAAUUAAGCCGCAUGUUUUCGCCACCGUUAUGGAUUUCUUUGCGUCCGGUCUGCCCGUUGUGUCAGAAAAUGCCUUUUCUGGCUCAGCUGCUGAAGCUGAUUAUGGUGACGACACUGAAACAGUGCAAAUGAUCUUGGAAUUGCUCGACACCCGCAUCAGACCAACAGUACAAGAGGAUGGAGGGGACAUAGAAUUUGUUGCAUUCACGGGUGGUGUGGUGCAGCUAAGAAUGCAGGGCUCCUGUUCCAACUGCCCCAGUUCUACAGCCACACUCAAGCACGGCAUUCAGAAUAUGUUACAGUUCUAUGUACCAGAGGUAGAGUCCGUGGAAGAGGUAACGACAGAGGUGGAUGAAGUCAACGAUCAAGAAUAUCAGAAGAUGGAGAAGAAACUGGAGGAGCUAAGGCAGAAAUCGCAUGACAAUAAGGAGAACACUUAGGUCUUCCUUGUAUUUGCAGAAUAACUUUCAUUCAGAGCAUUUUUGAAGUUAGAGUUUCUAUGUAAGGCAAUGUGCGCCUAUAUAUAGCAUGUACCUAUAUGUAGCUGCUACAGCCUACAAAUAUUGUGUACAGCUCCGCUGGAAUGAUCAGAGAAGCAAUAAGUUUCUCCAUAAGCACACUGACGGCACUGCGAAGUGAGAAGUCAAGUUUGUUAUUUCGGAUGCCUUUCUUUGUGGAACAAUAUUGCACAACUAGCAGCACGUGAUCGUGUUUGCUGCUUUUAUCUAGCAAUGGCUGCUGCUGCUGCUGCUGCUGCUGCUGCUGCUGCUGCUGCUGCUGCUGCUGCUGCUGCUGCUGGAUAGCUGGGCCAUGUAAAGCAAUGACAUGUGCAUUCAACAGUUUUGUCCGCACGUCAGAUCUGUACGAAACUCAAAUGUGCCCAUCUGUAACUCACCCUGAUUACGAUGCUUCAAAACUCA